AUUUCCAAGCUUGUUUCUGUGAGCUCCGCCCCCCACCUCGCAGUUAGUCGACCAUGUUCUGCGUCUCCGCGAAAUGACUUGGUGCUCCUAAUAACGCGGCUCUCCAAACCCGCGAAUGUCCUCUCCCGCCAUCAUGAAGGGCCCUUCUGGCGGAGGCACUGGCUCGAGCCUGGCUCGCGCGAUCAUUAUCACCUCUGGCGUCUCAUCUCUCGUGUCGUCACUGCUGUCUCUAUUGUCCAUAUGGCUACAAACUAAAAAUUACCGAAAACCAUUACUCCAGCGCUAUGUCGUCCGUAUACUGUUGAUGGUGCCGAUAUAUGCGGCUUCAUCAUGGACCAGUAUCGUGUCGUUAAAGGCGGCUCAGUUCCUGGACCCGAUCCGCGACAUUUACGAGCGAGCAGUUAUCAUCAUGGCCCAUGGCCGACCUCCGGUGUCUCAUGCAUGGCCACUCAACCACUUCCUACCUAAGAUCGAUAUCUCCGACCCACACACCUUCCUUGCCGUCAAGCGCGGCAUUCUCCAGUAUGCCUGGUUGAAACCCAUUCUGGCGCUGGUUUCCAUUGUGAUGAAGGCUACCGACACAUAUCAGGAAGGAUAUCUGGGUCUCAGCUCGGGCUACCUUUGGACGAGCAUUGUGUACAACAUCAGUGUCACGCUGAGUCUGUACUCUCUUGCCAUGUUUUGGGUAUGCCUGCACGACGAUCUCAUGCCGUUCCGCCCUGUUCCAAAAUUCCUGUGUGUCAAACUCAUCAUUUUCGCAUCGUACUGGCAAGGUUUCUUCCUGUCCAUUCUGCAGUGGUUGGGAGCUUUGGGUAACGGUGUCGCCGGGUACACUCCAGACAACCUCGCUGCUGCGAUCCAGGACGCGCUCAUCUGUUAUGAGAUGCCCAUUUUUGCAGUUGCGCACUGGUAUGCAUUCUCAUGGCACGACUAUGCAGACCCGACCAUCUCGGCGGCACGGUUGCCGGUGAAGUUUGCGCUGCGGGAUGCCUUCGGGCCUAGAGAUCUGGUGGAAGACACGAGGAUGACCAUACGGGGGGAAAAUUAUCAGUAUCGAAUCUUCGACUCGGGCGAUAACAUCAUUGCACACGAAGACUCCGGUUCUCGGGUCAAACGGGUGAUGGAUGGGAUGCGCUAUGAGCGAGGAGGAAAAGGGAAAUACUGGAUCCCCAAGCCUGGAGAGAACAGUAAAACCGGUGAAGCCAACAGCCGAACCCCGCUCCUAUCAGGAGGCGAUUCCAGCCACCGCAGCCGAAGUGAACGAAGUGCCAGUUCAACCGAGAGAUUCCGGACUUACAGUGAGAUUGAAAUCUCGCUAGACGACGAAGAUGAAGGAUUGUUCACCAAAGCGCGGGCGCUGGAGUUUGGCGACUGGAACUAUCCAGUGAUCACAGCCAAUGAAGUCCCAAGAGAUCAGCGACUGCACACUAACAGGAGCAGGAGCUAUCAGGGCUCGAAUAAUACCGAAGGCGAUGUGAAAAAGUCCCGCUCGCACCGAAAGGGUCGGGCAUCGGGCAGCGAAAGCCGACGAAAUCACAACACGAGUUCCAACAAGUCUAGAAGCUCAGACGCGCCGCGUCCCUUGCAGCGAAACGCCAGCUCCACCAGCUCACACAACUCGCACAGCACCCGUCGCGACCAGCUAGUCGAUCUCGUGGUGGAGGAUGUGGAGGCUGAAGAGGAAGACCGAGCUCAAACACAGAGGGAGACUGGCUCCGCGUGGGCGGCAGGCGAACCCCGGCAUUUCUCGAGACCAUCAGGACAACCAAUCGAAGAAGAGAGCGGGUCCGAACCCACCGGGGAAUCCCCAGCUGAGGGCAUUCCAGACGAACGUCGUUCUUCUAGGCCAUGGGCCUAUGGUGGCUUGGAAGAGGAUAAUGUUUGGAACAGAUAG